UACACACAAACAGACGAAUCAGUGAAGAUUGACCUUUGGGAUCAAGGGUUGAAGUUCAGCGUUCAGAGUGCCGUCAAAUGGCAAGGGCCGUGGGGAACACCUGAAAACGUCGACUUUCAAGUUCUUACAACGGAGGUUGCUUAUCCUAAAAUUGACGUCAUUGACGCCGUGACGUCAUGGAAACCAGGUGAUAAAGUUGUAUUUGCGUCAACUGAUUAUAGUUGGAAACAAGCUGAAGAGAAAACUGUUUAUCCUUGUACAGAUUGUAAUAAUAACCAGUUCAGAGUCGAUGGUGCCUUCAAGUACAGCCAUUUUGGUGAAAUUGUAGAUGGCGCUGAUGAACGCGGUGAGGUGGCGCUGUUAACACGCAAAAUUGUUAUAGAAGGAAAGAUGGAGGAGAGUUGCUAUGGUAAUAGUGAACGUGAAAAAGAAUUGUGUGGGUUGUUUAAAAUUGAUACACUUGGUGGUCACUUAAAGGUUCACAGGAAUUUUAGCUCGGCACAUAUUGAAGGUGCGGAAUUUUAUCACAUGGGACAACAAAAUGAAAUAGGUAACUAUCCCAUCCAUUUUCAUAUGUGUGAUGACGUAGAUGGUGCAUCGGUACGUCACAACUCUAUACAUCAUACGUUUGGGCGUUGUAUAACUAUUCACGGUACGGAUGGUCUUAACGUAACUGAUAAUGUAUGCUAUGAUCAUCUGGGACACGGAUAUUUUCUGGAGGACAGUGCAGAACAAAGAAAUAUUCUUGAUGGUAACAUUGGUAUCUCUACCAAAUAUGGUGCUUUGAUUUUAUCUGAUCCCUACAGAUAUUAA